UUGGACUGUCCUGCAGGCCAAACAGACUGGUAUACAGAGUUCAUCGGAGAAACAUCUUGCACUACAUAUCAGCGUCUUCGACAACUAUGUGAUCCCGAAUACGAAGUUAGAGAGUGGAUUGCGGCCUCUCCCUCACCGGGCGACAUCUGCGACUCGUUCGACGGGCGGUGCUGCUGCAAUUACAUUGCAUUCUCCCUCGGAAUGCUCUGUUUG